GGUUUGGUCUUCCUGUUGUGUUGUGUAGGUUUCUAAAACUAUACUAAGCUCUUCUUUCAAGAAAUUUCUCGGUAUAUAUUUCCUUGGUUUCCAUUUCGUUUCAGAUUAUAUCUAUUCUAACCUUACUGUCACAGAUUCACAGCUUUGCUUUUUUUCCCCCAGAGGUUUUUAGGUUUAGUAAAAGAGAAAGGGGUGUGGUGGUGAUUGGAGAGGGGGAAAAUUAGCACAAGAACAGAGAAAAUUUGGUGUUGGAAAGUUUGUUCUUUUUUUUUCAAAGGGGGUUUGGGGGGCGGGUUUUGGCCAAGUGAUGCGCUCAGGAGCCUGUACGGUUCAGCAGACCCUCACGGCGGAGGCUGCUUCACUAUUGAAGUAUUCUCUCGGCUUAGCGAGGCGGAGAGGCCAUGGUCAGGUCACUCCGCUUCACGUUGCCGCCACUUUGCUAAGCUCAAGAGGAAGUCUUUUGAGAAGCGCUUGUCUCAAGUCUCGGUCACAUGAUCACCACCAGGCUUCUUCACAUCCUCUUCAGUGUCGAGCUCUCGAGCUUUGCUUCAAUGUGGCUCUCAACCGCCUACCGACGACUACGGGACCGAUCCUUCAUGGUCAACCAUCGCUCUCGAACGCUCUCGUCGCGGCACUCAAACGAGCACAAGCUCACCAGAGAAGGGGUUGCAUCGAGCAACAGCAACAACAACCGAUACUCACCAUCAAAGUCGAGCUAGAACAGCUUAUCAUAUCCAUUCUCGAUGACCCUAGCGUUAGUAGGGUUAUGCGAGAAGCUGGCUUCUCCAGCACUGCCGUUAAGAACAACAUCGAGGAUUCAUCACCUUCAUCGGUCUUCCAGUGUUACAGCACUUUCUGGCAAACCCCAUUUUUCUUUUCCCCUCAAAAGAAAGUCUCGAACAACGAAGUAGCCGAUUCGGCGUCUUUGAAAGAAGACAUCGAAUCAGUCUUCCAGGUUUUUCUUAGGAAAAGAAGGAGAAAUAGUGUCAUAGUCGGCGACCGUGUUUCCACAACUGAGAGUCUCGUCUCUGAGCUGACGUCCAGGAUAGAUAGAGGAUACGUCCCUGAAGAAAUGAAACGUGUUCAUUUCAUCAAAUUUUACUUUUCGCCUAUGUCUUUGAGAUUCAUGAUAAAAGAGGAUGUUGAAAAGCAUGUCAAUGACUUAAAAAGGCGAGUGGAUUCCAUUGCAUCAGAAGGUGCCAUUAUCUACACAGGAGACUUGAAAUGGACUGUGGAAGAGAAUCUCAAUGGAGGAGAAACAACUGAUUAUAGUGCAGUUGAACAUCUUGUGACUGAAAUAGGAAGGUUGAUCUCCGACUACAACUCGUCCAACCCAAAGGUCUGGUUAGUAGCCACUGCUAGUUACCAGACGUACCUGAGGUGCCAAAUGAGACAACCUCCUCUUGAAGCUCAAUGGGCACUUCAAGCUGUUUCAGUUCCUUCUGGUGGACUCCGUUUGAGCCUCCAAACCUCCAGUGCCCAUGAUUCAAGAAAGCUAUGUAGUGAGAACCCUUCACAAGGACUGGAGAAGAAGCCAUUUGAGCAUGAGAAGCUCACUUGCUGUGCUGAAUGCAGUUCUAAUUACGAGAAAGAUGUAGAGUCUUUCAAGUCUGGCCAGCAGAAGCUCUUGCCUCCAUGGCUGCAUGGUAACAAUGCCAGGCAAAAGGAUGAAACGGUUGAACUCAGGAGAAAGUGGAACACACUAUGCCGCAGUUUACAUCAAGAUAGGCCGAAUCAGAGCCAUUUGAGAUCCACCUUUUACUACAAUAACAACAACCAAAGCUUGGGUGGAAAAGGCUAUCCUUUUGCUUCAUCAUACCCUUGGUGGCCUUGUCAAAGCAGUACCUUGUUCGAUUCGACUUCGAUCUCUUUCGCGGAUUCCGUGCCUAGAUUCCGAAGGCAAAACUCGAGCAUUGUGGAGCUCGAUUUCGGCAACGCUACUCACAAGCACCAAUCAAGUGAACCGAACUUGGUUUCACUUAAGAAGGGUGAGGAUAAAGAGGUGAAAGUCACACUCGCUCUCGGUACUUCGCUAGGGAAACCAGCAAAAGAGAAUAGCAGUGGAUUGUGUGAUUUGUUACAACGUAACCUGCCAUGGCAAUCUGAGAUUAUUCCUCCAAUAGCUGAUGCGCUGACAGAUUUCGAAAAAGAUACUUGGUUAUUGAUGGAGGGGAAUGAUGUGAUCGGCAAAAGAAGAUUAGCACGUGCAGUUGCAGAACAUGUUUUGGGAUCACCCGAUUUGCUCCUGCACAUGGACUUGAGACACGACAAGGUAAGUUCAUGUCAUAAAAAACUCGUGAGCGCAUUUAGUAGCAGCAAUGAAAAGCUUGUGGUUAUGGUGGAAAACUUUGAUUCGGCCGAAAACCAGUUCCUGAAACUGCUAGCGGAUAGAUUCGAAAACGAGGGAGGCACUAGUAGCCGAGCAAUAUACAUUUUAACCAAAUCGAUCUCUGCGAGAUAUGAAGAUGGGAACAAGAACCAUGACUCAGUGAUCCAAAUGAAGCUCAAUGUCAACGAAAGAAGUAAUAACAAGAGAAAACUCGAGUGGGGUGAUUCAAACACGACCAAAACACCAAGAACACAACCGAGUUUCCAUGUUCUUGAUCUGAACAUGAAAGCUGAUGAUGAAACUAACGAAAGCUGUGGGGAAUUCAGUCCCAUGUCGAGUGACGUAACAGCGGAGCCGAAUGUCCAAAUUCGGUUCAUAGGAUCCAUCAAAAACCACUACGUAUUCAACACAACUGAAGAUCAACACAAGGAAAUAAAAGAGGCUUUCAUGGACAAGAUGAAAAGAGUGGUGAACAAGACUCUUGGGGGUGAGAAUGGAGUUAGUUUUAGUGUUGAAGAUAGGGUAUUGGAGGGGGUUUUAUUCGGUUCAAGUUAUUUUGGGGACAGCCUUUUUGAGAAGUGGCUAAAAGACAUUUUUCAAACAAGCUUGCAAACUGUGAAAAAUGGAGGGGGAGAGGGGGGUAUAGAUGAAAUUAGAUUAAGUUAUGGGGGUAUACUGGGGAAUGGAUACAUGGGGACCUGUCUACCCGACGAAAUCCAAGUUUGUUUCGGGGUUUAAUUUGGGGGUUUUCUUAUGUAAAAUUCCUGACAAUACCGAAAAUGACCAUAAUUAUCGGUUUGUGUAACUGCUUAAUUCCAUAGGAUGUAUGUGUUCUGUAAUAUUUUCUUUGUUUUUAUUAAUUUCAU